UUGCCACAAUAUAUUGCCCAUCACGGCGACACCUCGACUGGAAAGUGUUUUGCAAAGUGUCAUGACUUUUGUAAAACAUUUGCAUAUUCAAUUCAUAAUGAUGUUAAUGAUGAUGAUGUCGCUGAUUAUAGCCGGAAAUUGUCACGUUUGUGGUCCUCCAGCGGUUCCUCUUAAUGCAAAGGUACGCACAGUGAACGGUGAAACUGGAAUAUCGGAGGCUCAUUACACAUGUGAUCCUGGCUAUGAGCUAUUUGGCUCGGCAACAAUAAAGUGUGAUGCACGCACCGGCUGGGAACGGGAACUACCAUUCUGUGGCGUCAAUGUAGCAUACCGCAAGCCAGUUAAUCAAAGCUCCUACACUCGCAGUGGCCCUGCUAGUUACGCAAAUGAUGGAAAAGCUGGUAAUAAGAAUCCGGAUGGUCAGGAGUGCUCGGAAACACAAAAGGAGCCGUCACCUUGGUGGCGGGUGGACCUUUUGACACCACAGGCGGUUCAUGUGGUCCGCAUUACGACACGCGGCUGUUGUGGACAUCAGCCACUGCAGGAUCUAGAGAUCCGUGUGGGCAACAGUAGUGCAGAUCUUCAACGUAAUCCGCUGUGUGCUUGGUACCCAGGUACACUAGACGAAGGCGUUGUGAAGACCUUCACGUGUGCAAGGCCGCUGGUUGGUCAGUACGUGGCCAUUCAGUUGGUUGGGGUUGAAGGCAGCCUAAGCCUCUGCGAAGUGGAAACAUUCACUAAUGAUGAAUUUUCCGUUGAUCGCUGCCUGAGCCCAAAAAUUGGUGUUGAUACCGUGGUGACGACAUUUUCCAAAACAUGUUACGACUUUCAUAUCACGAAAGGAGAAAGCUUCGAAAAAGCUCAAACCAUUUGUAAGCAAACAGGCGGUGACUUGGUGCAUGAUUUUCGAGGCGCGACAAGUCAAUAUAUAUUGUCUGAAUUGGAACGCCGAAAAUCAGAACUAAAGCCCCAGUUAGUUUGGAUUGGCGCACAAAAAGAACCCGGAAUAACAUCCCGCACUUGGAAGUGGGUGAAUGGCGAACUUGUUGUGAAGCCAGCCUGGGGGAAGGAUCAGCCAAAUAAUUACAAUGGAGAGCAGAACUGCGUUGUCUUCGAUGGUGGCCGAAAUUGGCUCUGGAAUGAUGUGGGAUGCAAUCUGGAUUAUCUUCAUUUUAUUUGCCAACACUCACCUUUAUCCUGCGGCUCGCCAGAUGCACAGCUCAACACAACUGUGUUGGGUAAAAAAUUCACAUUGGGCGAGAAAAUACAGUACGAAUGUCCAACGGGUCAUUCGCUGAUAGGCUACGCACAGCGUGAGUGCAAAGCCGAUGGUACAUGGAGCGGAUUAGCGCCCAGCUGCAAAUACGUUGACUGUGGAAAAUUGCCCGAACUUAAAUUCGGAUCUAUACACUUGUCAGAGGAACGUACUAGCUAUAACGUUGUGGCUAUUUAUAGCUGUCAUGAGAAUUACACGCUUAUUGGUAACGAAAACCGCACCUGCAUGCAAGAUGGCUGGAGUGGAAAGCAGCCAGAGUGUUUGGUGGACUGGUGUCCAGAUCCUCAGCGCAUCACCGGUGGUAAUGUGAGCUUUACUGAUAAACGAGCUGGUUCCACAGCUAUAUAUACUUGUGAACCUGGGUUUGUACUAGUAGGCGAAGCGAUAACUUCAUGUGGAUUAGGUGGUGAGUGGUCUAGUAAAACGCCGUCUUGCAGGUUCGUCGAUUGUGGCGCACCCGUUAGACCUGAUCGGGGUAUAUCCAUUCUUGUGAACGGCAGUACAACAGUCGAUUCUGUGGUUAAGUAUGAAUGCGACGAAGAUUACUGGCUUGACGGGCCAUCGGAAUUGUAUUGUACUAGAGAUGGUAAGUGGUCAGGGGAUGCGCCCAUCUGCGAACUGGUAACGUGUGAAACACCACAAGUUCCAGCUGGUUCCUUUGUCAUUGGCUACGACUAUAAUGUCCACUCAAAAAUAAAAUACAAUUGCGAUCCUGGCCACGUUAUGCACGGAUCACCAGUUCUCGAAUGUUUGGACACUGGUGAGUGGAGCUCCGAUGCACCCUUCUGUGAAUAUAUCGACUGUGGUUCCAUAUUGUCUAUACCAUAUGGCAGCAUUGAAUACGUCUCCAACACAACUUACGUAGGCUCCGAGGUAAUCUUUAGCUGUACACAAUCACACAAGUUGAGUGGAGUGGUCAAACGGAAAUGUCUGGAAUCGGGUACCUGGAGCGAUACACUACCCAAAUGUGAAGAAAUUCGCUGCCACGAGCCGAUGUUGCCUACGCAUAGCCUUUUGUCAGUCACGGGAAAUGAUCGCAUGUAUGGGCGCACUCUUAUACGCACCGCAGAAUCCAUACAAAAUCCGGCGCAAACGUACAAAAUUGGAGCUCUGGCAAAAUAUCGUUGCGAACGUGGUUACAAAAUGGUUGGCGAGGCAUUGGCCACCUGCACGGAUAAUGGCCAAUGGAGCGGCAUUAUACCUGAGUGUGUAUAUGUCGAGUGUGGUGCGCCAGAUAACAUAAUCAAUGGUAAAAUGACGCUAGCCACAAAUGUAACCUACUAUGGAGCCGCUGUGCUGUAUGAAUGUAAUGCUAAUUUUAAACUCAAUGGCGUCUCGCGACGUUUGUGUACAGAGCACGGCAACUGGAGCCACGAAGCACCAAAGUGUGUGGAGGUCGUUUGCGAAUCAGAAAAUCUGAGUGAAAAUUUAAUUGUGGAUGCGGGAUCUCGCGCUGUUGGCUCAGUAGCUACCUUUAAGUGUUCUAAAGGGCGCACCUUACUUGGAAAUGAGACACGUAUUUGUCAAAAGAAUGGCAAGUGGUCGGGAAAAAGCCCAAUAUGCAUACCCGUUGACUGUGGGCGACCGUUGGCCAUCGACAAUGGUCGUGUAAUUGUUGUAAAUGACUCCACCCUAUACGGCGGAUCUGCUGAAUAUCACUGUAUUCCCAACUACAAUCGCAUUGGUCAAUAUUUGCGAAAAUGCACCGAGGACGGUGCCUGGAGCGGUAAACAGCCCCAAUGUAAGCUGGCUACCUAUGAGGGGCAGGAAAACUCAAAACUAGGAACAAGCGUUGGCAUCGGUGCCACUAUUAUUAUAGCGCUCCUUGUCGUCGUUGGACUUAUUUUCUUAUAUCGGAACAAAGCAAGGCCGGUCAAGAAUACGGAAAACAUCCAGGCAGCUGAAUCAAAGGAUGAACGCAAUGCUUCUGUAAUGUCCUAUUCAACGCUCGAGGCAAAUAAUCGCAUGCAUAUGGACAGUAAUCCAUCAGCAACAUUCAAUACAUUUCACGGAGGAGGAGGAGCAGCGGGUCGAGGCCUUAAUAACAACCACAAUAACAUUGCUGAUGGCGAACGAGUUAACGAUCGCUCAGAAAACAUUUACGACCAAAUCCCAAAUGAACAGUUUUACGAUGCACCCUACGAGAUGCGUACAAAUGAUGAGGUGUAUGAACCUGAGCCCGUAUCCAGUAAUGUGAUCACAAUAAAUGGCAUCUCAGUGCGAUAACAAA